CACGAACUUGAAAUUCUUGGUUUAUUACUUAUUUGCAUCAACUUGCUAAGCAUCUACCAAGAUUUAUAUUUAUUAAACUUGUACUUGAUUAUUUGACUAAGUUCUGCAAUGAACAUUUAUAGGCAAAAUCGAUUCCUAAUGGUAAAAUUUACUUAACUUCUUGCACAAAUUGAGAAAUAAAAAUGGAACGUUCCUCAUCAAGCGAUGAUUUAUUGGGAAGUCGAACGUUAGUUGCCAAGGAUUAUGAAUAUCACGAAACGUUUCGAGGUCGAUUUUUUUCUACUCGGUUCCGAUUGGUUUUUAUGGGCUUUCUCGGUUUUUUCCUAGUUUACUCCAUGCGUGUGAACAUAAGCGUAGCUUUAGUUGACAUGACUUUGAAAGAUACUUCUGAAGACAAUCAAACUAUAAAUGAAAACUGCCCGGACCGGGAUUCGAACUCGAGUUCUAACGACGGCGUUGACGGAACUUUCGAUUGGUCAACAACUGAGCAAGCUAAUGUACUUGGAGCUUUUUAUUACGGAUAUAUGGUAACUCAAAUACCAGCUGGUUACUUGGCUUCCAAAUAUGGGGCAAAGCAUUUGUUUGGACUGGGAGUGUUUUUCACUGGUGUUCUAACUAUUUUCACUCCUCCGGUUUCAUAUUUAGGAGUCAAUUGGUUGAUCUUUCUCCGGGUUUUGGAAGGCGUGGCAGAAGCUGCAACCUUUCCAGCGUUUAGUCAUUUAGUGAGUCGAUGGUCUCCUAAAAACGAACGAAGUAUGAUGGCCGCUUUAUCAGUUUCCGGUUCGAGUUUCGGCAAUAUGGCCACCCAACCUAUAAUCGGCUAUUUGUGCACUCUUGACUUAUGGAACGGAUGGCCUUUGGGUUUCUAUUGCAACGGUUUACUGGCCAUUAUUUGGUACGUCGCUUGGUGUCUAACAGUAUUUGACUCGCCUGAUAAACAUCCUAGAAUCUCUGAAAGCGAAAAACAGUUCAUUAAACAGAAUUCACAAGUGGACGAAACCAAAUCACAUGUGAUUCCUUGGAAAGGAAUCUUCACCAGUUUGCCGUUUUAUGGAAUUUUGAUUGCAAAUUUUUGCUCGGUAUUUAUUAACUAUGGAUUGAUGUCUUUCUUGCCUCAAUUUUUAUCAAACGUUCUUAACUUUGACAUCGCUACAAACGGUUUUCUUAGCGCCCUACCUUGGUUGAGCUGCUUCUUGGGAGCUAUUUUUACUUCUCAAAUAACCGACUUCCUACUGAGCCGAAAAUAUGUGUCGACCACGUUUAUUCGCAAGUUUAAUCAACUAGGCAGUUCGGUUUUAUCUGGUUUGUUUUUAGUUUUAGCCGGAUACGCUGGCUGUGAUGCAACAUUGGCGGUUGUUUGCAUUUCAGUUGGUUUAAUGUUCUACGGUAUGAAUUAUUGUGGUUUUUAUUGCAACAACAUUGACAUUGCUCCUCAAUUUGCGGGCGUUAUUUUCGGAAUCACAAAUACAUUGGCAACAACUAGCGGAUUCUUAGCUCCGAUUAUGGUGAAUAAAAUCACAGAGGAUAAUAUCCACAGCUCAGAGUUAUGGCUCCACGCUUUUUAUGCCUUCGCGGCCAUCGCUUGGUUCGGAGGCUUUGCUUUUCUAUUGCUGGCUUCAGGAAAUCUGCAGCCAUGGGCCAUUACUGAAGAUAUGUUGAAAGUAGAAACUCUGAUAAACGCCAAUGAUUAG